CUUCUCUCACCUCCUUCUCGCCUUCCUCCUCACUUGCUCUCCUGCUCGUCGCCGCAGCGGUUACGUCACGUCACGUCACAGCCAGGCCACGGGCGUACGCGCGCGCGCGCGAGGCCUGAGAAGCAAGGUAUUGGGCUGGGAGCGAGGGGGUGGUGGCAUCGCGGUGGUGGGGGGUGGAGAUGAUCUCGCAGUUCUUCGUGCUGUCGCAGCGCGGCGACCACAUCGUCUUCCGCGACUAUCGCGGGGAGGUGCCCAAGGGCAGCGCCGAGAUCUUCUUCCGGAAGGUGAAGUUCUGGAACGACGACGAGGCCGAGGAGGCGCCGCCGGUCUUCAAUGUUGAUGGCGUUAAUUAUAUCCAUGUGAAAGUCGCAGGACUAUUUUUUGUGGUAACUACAAUGGUUAAUGUCUCUCCGUCCCUCCUCUUGGAACUCUUGCAAAGGAUUGCACGUGUUACAAAAGAUUACCUUGGCGUUCUAAAUGAAGAUUCAUUGCGGAAGAAUUUCAUUUUAGUGUAUGAAUUGCUCGAUGAAGUCAUUGACUUUGGAUAUCCACAAACCACCUCUACCGAGGUUCUGAAGUCAUACAUAUUCAAUGAGCCAAUAAUGGUUGAUGCUGGUCGGCUGCCUCCACUUGGUCCUGCUGCUAUGUUCAUGCAAGGCACUAAGCGUAUGCCUGGUACAGCUGUUACAAAAUCUGUUGUUGCUACCGAACCUGGUGGGAAGAAGAGGGAGGAAAUUUUUGUUGAUAUCAUUGAGAGAAUAAGUGUGACAUUUAGUUCAAGUGGUUACAUACUUACAUCUGAGAUUGAUGGAACCAUCCAAAUGAAAAGUUACCUUACUGGAAAUCCAGAAAUUCGUCUAGCUCUAAAUGAGGAUUUGAGCAUAGGAAGAACUGGCUCUUCUUCGUAUGAUUACAGAAGUUCUUCUGGAGGAGGAGCUGUCAUUCUUGAUGAUUGCAAUUUCCACGAGUCAGUACAUCUGGAUAGUUUUGACAUUGACAGAACUCUACAUUUAAUACCACCGGAUGGGGAAUUCGCUGUAAUGAACUACCGGAUUACUCAAGAAUUUAAGCCACCUUUCCGUGUGACCGCACUAAUUGAAGAAGCCGGGCCAUCUAGGGCUGAAGUUCUAUUAAAAAUACGGGCAGACUUCUCUGCAAAUGUCACUGCAAACACAAUAGUAGUACAGAUGCCAGUGCCAUCUUACACAAUGAGGGCAAGUUUUGAAUUGGAAGCUGGAGCAGUUGGACAGACAACUGAUUUUAAAGAAGGAUCCAGGAGAAUUGAGUGGAAUCUAAAGAAGAUCGUUGGUGGUUCUGAGCACACCCUUCGGGCAAAGCUCACAUUUUCCCAGGAGUCACAUGGAAAUCUCACAAAGGAAGCUGGACCAGUAAACAUGAAUUUCACUAUACCGAUGUACAAUACUUCAAAGUUGCAGGUUAGAUAUCUUCAGAUAGCAAAGAAAUCCAAGACAUACAACCCCUAUAGGUGGGUGAGAUACGUAACGCAGGCUAACUCAUAUGUGGCUCGUCUAUGAGAUAGCGAUGCUUUGUAUACAUCUCCCUCUGGUCAUUUCCCCUUUUCCUUGCGCUAUUAUCUUCGAGGGACUUCAAGCAAGCUUGGACAGAGUGUCAUGCAUUGCAUUGUAAUUUUAUAGAGCAAUCCCAAACUUAAACUCUUCUCCUGCAGUUAAUAUCUACCUAGGGCAAUUUAUUUUUCCUUGUGUAAUAUGCAGGAGAUACAUGAUCAUAUUUUUGUAUGCUGUGAAAAUGAAUGAAGUUAUUGUUCAUCACAUAUAUAUCA